AUGGAGAGUGAUAUGUACAAGAUUUCCGGUCGAGCUUCUAAUGUAAUAGAUGGAAUUUCACAACAUUCCACCUCAAACCCUCUGAUUCAGUGCUACUCGGUUGACCUUAACAACCAAUCCCAUAUCAUAAAUGGAAUAUCAAUGCUUUCUGGAGAGCAAGGUGGACCUUUAAGUAACGUCCAUGCUGAGGAUUGCUUCACAAAUUCUGCAAAUAUUGCUGACUCCAGUUCGUUAGUUACAUCUCGAGGAAAGACUAUUGUGGGAGAUGCUUCAAAUCCCAUGGAGAACACUGAAUUUCAAGACCAUUUAGUUGGAGGAAUGCCUAUUACUCCUGCUUCACUUGCUGCAAUUCUUGCCGCUAGAAUUGGUCUUCAAGAAAAUUUAGAGAAUUCAGCAGCUUUGCCUCGUUCACUCUGCUCAAUGGGGGCAUUGGGACCAUUUUUCAACAAUUCACAAGAUACUUCAAAUCCUUUGCCUACAACUUUUGAGGACUGUGGUUAUGAUGAAGUUCCUAACAAGUGGAAUGCCAACAAGUUUUCUAAAGCUCCAGAGAUUGAUGGAACUGGGUGUCAACCUUAUUCUUCUAUAGGAAACCUGGAUCCAGGUGGAUGGGCAUCAUCAAAUGUUGCAAACAUAAUCAAUCAUUCUUACCAUUCCUCGAACUUCAGUAAUGAACUUUCUCUAAGCCUUGCAACAUCUACAACCCCAGGACAGUGCUCAGAGGUCAGUUGCUCUGAUGUGACACCAUGCAUGAAUGGAACCGUGUCAGGCUUGGAGCAAGCCUCCUGUAGCAGUAGUAGGGAAUUUUCUAUGAGUUUGAGUGGUAAUAAAUAUGUGCAGUUUUCACCCGAAGUUCUGGGAUCAAGAUAUCUUGCUGGUAUUCAAGAGAUACUUGCUCAAAUUGCAAGAUAUUCAUUUGAAAAUCUGGAACAAAUAAAUUAUGGUAGUAGAGCAGGUGGAAGUAAGUCAACUUUAACCUUCCCACCCAAUGGGAAAAUAUUGACAAAUCACAAAGCAAACUCUAUGCAUGAAGCUCAUGCUGAAUCUCCAUUGCAAAGGCAUGCUGCUGAAUCAAAGAAAGCCCAGCUGCUGACACUUCUACAACUGGUGGACAAUCGAUACAGCCAGUGUUUGGAUGAGAUACACACCGUUGUAUCGGCAUUCCAUGCUGCUACUGAGCUGGAUUCGCAAAUACAUGCACACUUUGCCCUUCAAACGAUCUCUAUCCUUUAUAAGGACUUACGAGAGAGGAUUAGCAAUUAUAUUCUUGCCAUGGGAUCAAACUUCAACGACUUGUGCUCAGAAGAGAAGGAAUGGUCUGUUGAAACUUCAUUCCUUCAAAAGCAAUGGCCACUCCAGCACUUGAAAAGAAAAGAUCAUCAACUAUGGAGGCCCCAAAGAGGCUUACCAGAAAGAUCAGUUUCAGUUCUAAGGGCUUGGAUGUUUCAGAAUUUCCUCCAUCCGUAUCCUAAAGAUGCAGAGAAGCAUUUGCUUGCAGUAAAAAGUGGGUUGACCAGAAGCCAGGUAUCCAAUUGGUUUAUAAAUGCUCGUGUUCGGCUGUGGAAACCUAUGAUUGAAGAGAUGUAUGCUGAAAUGAAUAAAAGAAAGGCUUGUCGAAAUGAAGAAGGAAUGCAGAGCAAUCACGGUAACAGGAUAGGCAUGAGUAGUAAUCAAAGGUUUAAUGUCAAUUAAAGGUGAACAAAUUCGCUUAACAAUAUCAUGGAGCUUUUUGUAUUUUUAUGUGGAAAACACAGCACAACUGGAACCAGAAACUGUGCAUGAUGCUUUGCAUAGUUGGGUUAUAUUAUAAUGAGGACGUCCAUGACUUACGUUAAAAAAAGAGAGUAAAUAACACGAAAUUUAUUUGACUGUCCAUACUACUUAUUUUGUUGAUUUUCUUUCGCACUGCACUCGUAGAAAAUUUAGCGAAGUUACGAUUCGUGAAAACUGCCGGUUAAAUCAUUUAU